AUGAACGAUCCUGAGGUCCAGUCUCCCCCCUUCUCUGUUGCUGCUGCAACUGCCAACAACACGCCUUUUGCCCCGAUUUCUCCGUCCCUUCAUCUCAACAACAAAGUGUCUUGUACUGCUGGCCACUACUCUCCAGUAUCUUCGUUGCGGCCUCAAUCGUGCUUUCUAUGUAGACGUCGCAAAGUCCGUUGCAAUAAAGAAUCACCGUGUUCAACUUGUCGACGGGCUCAAGUCCCCUGUAUCUACCCCGUAGGACGGGCACCGCGACAGACUCGAAUCAGGCGUCAUGGCACUCAAUCGAUGGCAGAGAGCGAUCUCGCCGAGAAAGUCAGCAUGCUGGAGCUUAUGAUUGAGAAACUUGGCGAUCGAAUCAAUGGCGAGCCUGGACUUGAGUCUGCUGUGCCAUCUAUUCCAAGCCGUGUGGCAUCACAGACUCAAACCUGCACUCCCAAAGACUCGCCGAGUCACUCUUUGAGUCCAGAAACACAUUGUCAAGAACUUGAAAGAGACGAACUUACCACCGAUCCAGGCCAUUCGGUUCGAUCUCACGAACUACAACUCAAGCUUGGCCGAUUGGUGUUGCAUGAAGAGAGUGGUAGUAAGAGAUAUGUCUGCGAUGGCAUCUGGGCAAAACUGGAUGAGGAGUGGACUUCUAUUCGCGAAGAGUCGCCAUGUUUACAAGGCAACAACCUGGACGAUGCCUGCUCGAAUCAUGGAGACGACAAUGUCACACUACGUGCCUCGUCCUCACAUCAUAACCCGUUCAUCUUCGGAUACCGCCCCAUCGACUCUGUUCUAUAUCUAUGGUCUAUCUACCAGGAGAACGUCGAGCCGCUGCUCAAAGCUGUUCAUGUUCCCACGAUGGAAAAGGUAUUCCGUGAUGCAAGAACAAGGUUUGACCAGCUAUCCGCCGGACACCAAGCCUUGAUAUGGGCCAUCUAUUACGCCGCCGUCGUAUCACUCGAUCCUGAAGAUGUACUCUCCAACCUUGGUCAGAGCAAGGAUGAAGCCCUGGCUAGAUAUCGAUUUGCUACCCAGCGAGCCCUGUCGCAAGCAGAUUUCGUCAUUACCUCAGACCUUACCGUCCUCCAAGCACUGUCUAUAUUCCUGGCUGUUUUGCGGCAUGAAGGUGAGUCCCGUCUUUGCUGGUCCUUGACGGGGCUUGCUAUCCAUCUCGCUCGCGGUAUGGGUCUCCAUCGCGACGGGUCUCAGCUGGCCCUCCGACCCUUCGAGAAAGAGUUGCGAAGGCGUUUAUGGUGGGCACUCCUGCAAUUGGACAUUCGAUCUGCAGAAGAACUUGGCACUGACCUGAUUGUGGGGAAAUCGACGUUUGAUACGCAGAUGCCCUCUAAUUUGAACGAUACGGACAUCAGCCCAGACCUACAGGACUCACCUGCACCGCGAGAAGGACGCACAGAUACCACCUUGGUCCUGGUCAGGUGCGAGAUUUGCAACCUUUCCCGACAGGUCAUCGAAGCCGUAUCUACAGUGGCGACGGUAGAAGAGCAAAAGACGAUGCUGCUUGAAGUCUACAAACACAAGACCGAUAACCUGGCCAAGAUCUAUUUUGUUAUCUACCAUCCCGCUCUCUUCCCAGCCGCUGAUGUGCAGAGCCAACUUUCUGAUGAGGCCAGGCAAUGUGUCUACCGGGCCGCCGUCAACAUCCUCGAAUACGACCAUAGGCUCAAUGUAGACCCACAGGUCCAGCAAUACAGAUGGCUUUUCCGGACCUUUACCAAUUGGCAUGCCAUAGCCUACUUCCUCAUCGAGAGCUGUCGGCGCCCGUGGACACCCCUUGUGGAGCGAGGAUGGCAGGCUGUCCAGGCCUACCGAUGGCGCGAUCCUCGCUACCUAGAAACCCGGGCAUACCAUUCAGUUGUUUUGCCAGUGAAAAAGCUAUGGCUGAGAGCCAACAAACACCGAAAUCGGGAGAUCGCACGCCUCAGCGAGGAUCUAGAGGAAGCUAAUCGCCUCGAGCACGCUGAACGCAUGACUGCCAUCAUCUUACCUUUUGGCGACCAGUUUGGAGGUGACGACCAGAUGAUGGAUCUCUUCAGAGCCAAGUGGAAAGCUCUUAUCAUGGUAGGAAACGGUGAUACGCCGUUUCAAGGUGCACAUCGGCCCUGCCCAUCAUCAUCAGUUCCAUCCAGCUCACCAACUCGGUCCCAGGAGACUUGGAAACACCAAGAGCCCAUAGGCCUUGAGUUCUGCAGAAAUGCCAAGACUCAUUCGGAUACAUCCACGUGGCAGCCUCCAGAAAAGCACACUGAUAUGUCAAUAUUCGAGCUAAGUGGUGGAUAUACUGGGCUAAUUAAUAACGAGAUGCACGAUAGCCCUGAUAUCCACCAUCCUCACCCCCCUCCCUGGUUAAGCCUUCCCACUACUGCGAAUAUAAGUGCUCAAGAGUUCGAGUUCGCCGAUGUUGAUAUGUUUGGCGAUGACUUUAACUGGCAAGGCUGGGCUAAGAAUAUCAAGGGUCUCGGACUUUCGUAA